CCCUACAACCUCUGAGGUUUCUACCACUGAACGUGAAACAAUAAGCAAAACAGAAGUACCUACUACAGAGAUGACCUCAACACCUACAAUGUCUACUACUCUUUAUCCAUCAAAUGAUGAAAUGCUCUCCACAACAAUAAGCAGCACAAAUACUGAGGAUUCUACAACUAGAAGUGAAACAAUUACCACAUCUGCAACAACUACCGCAAAGAAAACUCCAGCCUCUUCUGCAACUACUCUUGGUGCAACAUCUCAUACAAUAUCAUCUACACUUCCUGCAACUCUUAGUGCAACAACUUCUGCAGUAACUACAUCAACAAGCCUUAUGGCCACUAUGGUUCCUACCACUGAAAGUGAAACAGUAACCACAAUAGCAACACCUACUUCAAAGAUAAUGUCACUAUUUACAAACUCUACUAGUCUUGGUUUAACAAUUGUUGCAACAACCCUCCCAGUACCUACAACAGCCGGCAACACAAUUAUGGAGAUGUCUACCACUAAAACAGAAACAAAACCCACAGUUUUCACAACUCCAUUGAAAACAUCCUCAGGAACUACAUCUACUACUGCUCCUGCUGCAAACACUGAUACAACAACCUCCGCAGUAUCAAUUCCUGAAACUCUUACUUUAAGAGCAACAACCACUGCAGUUCCUACACCAACAAACCCUACAACCUCUGAGGUUUCUACCACUGAACGUGAAACAAUAAGCAAAACAGAAGUACCUACUACAGAGAUGACCUCAACACCUACAAUGUCUACUACUCUUUAUCCAUCAAAUGAUGAAAUGCUCUCCACAACAAUAAGCAGCACAAAUACUGAGGAUUCUACAACUAGAAGUGAAACAAUUACCACAUCUGCAGCAACUACUGCAAAGAAAACUCCAGCCUCUGCUGCAACUACUCUUGGUGAAACAUCUCAUGCAAUAUCAUCUACACUUCCUACAACUCUAGGUGCAACAACCUCUAAAGUACCCACACCAACAAGCCCUACAGCCACUGAGGUUUCUACCAGUGAAGGUGAAACAAUAACCAGAACAAAGGUACCUACUACAGAUGUGACCUCAACACCUGCAGAGACGAGAUCACUAGAUCGAACUGAUACUUCUCUUAGUGGACUAACCGAUGCAACAACUGCCACAAUCCCUAUGACAACCAGCUGCACAGGUACCCAUUUUUCUACCACUAAACGUGUAAAAAGUAACACAUCAGCAAAAUCUACAAAGACAACCCCAAAACAUGCAACUUCUACUACUCUUCAUCCAUCAAAUGAUGAAAUGCUCUCCACUGUCUCAACUAGCAUAACCAGCUUGAAUGCUGAGAUGUCUACCACUGAAACUGAAACAGAAACCACAUUAUUCACAACUCCAUUGCAAACAUCCUCAGAAACUACGUCUACUACUGCUCCUGCUGCAAACACUGAUACAACAACCUCUGCAGUAUCACUUCCUGAAACGCUUACUUUAAGAGCAACAACCUCUGCAGUCCCUACACCAACAAGCCCUACAGCCACUAAGGUUCCUACCACUGAAGGUGAAACAGUAACCACAAUAGCAACACCUACUUCAAAGAUAACGUCACUAUCUACAAACCCUACUAGUCUUGGUUUAACAAUUGUUGCAACAACCAUCCCAGUACCUACAACAGCUGGCAACACAAUUAUGGAGAUGUCUACCACUAAAACAGAAACAAAAUCCACAUUAUUCACAACUCCAUUAAAAACAUCCUCAGGAACUACAUCUACUACUGCUCCUGCUGCAAACACUGAUACAACAACCUCCGCAGUAUCAAUUCCUGAAACUCUUACUUUAAGAGCAACAACCUCUGCAGUUCCUACACCAACAAGCCCUACAACCACUGAGGUUUCUACCACUCAAAGUGAAACAAUAAGCACAACAGAAGUACCUACUACAGAGAUGACCUCAACACCUACAAUGUCUACCACUCUUUAUCCAUCUAAUGAUAAAAUGCUCUCCACAACAAUAAGCAGCACAAAUACUGAGGAUUUUACCGCUAGAAGUGAAACAAUUACCACAUCUGCAGCAACUACUGCAAAGAAAACUCCAGCCUCUGCUGCAACUACUCUUGGUGCAACAUCUCAUGCAAUAUCAUCUACACUUCCUGCAACUCUUAGUACAACAACUUCUGCAGUACUUACACCAACAAGCCUUAUGGCCACUAAGGUUCCUACCACUGAAAGUGAAACAGUAACCACAAUAUCAACACCUACUUCAAAAAUAACGUCACUAUCUACAAACUUUACUAGUCUUGGUUUAACAAUUGUUGCAACAACCUUACCAGUACCUACAACAGCCGGCAACACAAUUAUGGAGAUGUCUACCACUAAAACAGAAACAAAACCCACAGUAUUCACAACUCCAUUGAAAACAUCCUCAGGAACUACAUCUACUACUGCUCCUGCUGCAAACACUGAUACAACAACCUCCGCAGUAUUAAGUCCUGAAACUCUUACUUUAAGAGCAACAACCUCUGCAGUACCUUCAACAACAAACCCUACAACCUCUAAGGUUUCUACCACUGACCGUGAAACAAUAAGCACAACAGAAGUACCUACUACAGAGAUGACCUCAACACCUACAAUGUCUACUACUCUUUAUCCAUCAAAUGAUGAAAUGCUCUCCACAACAAUAAGCAGCACAAAUACUGAGGAUUCUACAACUAGAAGUGAAACAAUUACCACAUCUGCAGCAACUACUGCAAAGAAAACUCCAGCCUCUUCUGCAACUACUCUUGGUGCAACAUCUCAUGCAAUAUCAUCUACACUUCCUACAACUCUAGGUGCAACAACCUCUGCAGUAACUACAUCAACAAGCCCUACAGCCACUCAGGUUUCUACCACUGAACGUAAAACAAUAACCACAACAGUGGUACUUACUACAGAUGUGACCUCAACACCUGCAACACCUGCAGAGACAAGAUCACUAGAUCAAACUGAUACUACUCUUGGUGGACUAACCGAUGCAGAAACCGCAGCAAUCCCCAUGACCACCACCUGCACAGGUACCCAUUUUUCUACCACUAAAAGUGUAAAAAGUACCACAUCAGCAACAUCUACAAAGACAACCUCAAAACAUGCAACGUCUACUUCUCUUCAUCCAUCAAAUGAUGAAAUGCUCUCCACAGUGUCAACUAGAAUAACCAGCUUGAAUGCUGAGGUUUCUACCACUAAAACUGAAACAGAACAAACAUUAUUCACAACUUCAUUGAAAACAUCCUCAGGAACUACAUCUACUACUGCUCCUGCUACAAACACUGAUACAACAACCUCUGCAGUAUCACUUCCUCAAACUCUUACUUUAAGAGCAACAACCUCUGCAGUACCUUCAACAACAAACCCUACAUCCUCUGAGGUUUCUACCACUGAACGUGAAACAAUAAGCACCGCAGAAGUACGUACUACAGAGAUGACCGCAACACCUACAAUGUCUACUACUCUUUAUCCAUCAAAUGAUGAAAUGCUCUCCACAACAAUAAGCAGCACAAAUACUGAGGAUUCUACAACUAGAAGUGAAACAGUUACCACAUCUGCAGCAACUACUGCAAAGAAAACUCCAGCCUCUGCUGCAACUACUCUUGGUGCAACAUCUCAUGCAAUAUCAUCUACACUUCCUGCAACUCUUAGUACAACAACUUCUGCAGUACUUACACCAACAAGCCUUAUGGCCACUAAGGUUCCUACCACUGAAAGUGAAACAGUAACCACAAUAUCAACACCUACUUCAAAGAUAACGUCACUAUCUACAAACUCUACUAGACUUGGUUUAACAAUUGUUGCAACAACCCUACCAGUACCUACGACAGCCGGCAACACAAUUAUGGAGAUGUCUACCACUAAAACAGAAACAAAACCCACAGUAUUUACAACUCCAUUGAAAACAUCCUCAGGAACUACAUCUACUACUGCUCCUGCUGCAAACACUGCUACAACAACCUCCACAGUAUCAAUUCCUGAAACUCUUACUUUAAGAGCAACAACCUCUGCAGUACCUUCAACAACAAACCCUACAACCUCUGAGGUUUCUACCACUGAACGUGAAACAAUAAGCACCACAGAAGUACCUACUACAGAGAUGACCUCAACACCUACAAUGCCUACUACUCUUUAUCCAUCUAAUGAUGAAAUGCUCUCCACAACAAUAAGCAGCACAAAUACUGAGGAUUCUACAACUAGAAGUGAAACAAUUACCACAUCUGCAGCAACUACUGCAAAGAAAACUCCAGCCUCUGCUGCAACUACUCUUGGUGCAACAUCUGUUGCAAAAUCAUCUACACUUCCUGCAACUCCAAGUGCAACAACCUCUACAGUAUCUACACCAACACACUCUACAACCACCAAGGUUCCUACCAUUUACAGUGAAACAAUAACCACAAUAGCAACACCUACUGCAAAGGUAACGUCACCAUCUACAAACCCUACUGGUCUUGGUUUAACAAUUGUUGCAACAACCAUCCCAGUACCUACAACAGCUGUCAACACAAUUAUGGAGGUUUCUACCACUGAAAGUGAAACAGUAACCACACCAAAAGCAUCUAAAACAGAAAUUAUCACAAUACCUACAACAUCUACUACUCUAACAACCUCUGCAGUACCUACACCAACAAGCCCUAUGACAUCUGAGGUUUCUACCACUGAAAGUGAAACAGUAACCACAAUAUUAACACCUACUUCAAAGAUAACGUCACUAUCUACAAACUCUACUAGUCUUGGUUCAACAAUUGUUGCAACAACUCUCCCAGUACCUACAACAGCCGGCAACACAAUUAUGGAGAUGUCUACCACUAAAACAGAAACAUCACCCACAGUAUUUACAACUCCAUUGAAAACAUCCUCAGGAACUACAUCUACUACUGCUCCUGCUGCAAACACUGCUACAACAACCUCUGCAGUAUCAAUUCCUGAAACUCUUACUUUAAAAGCAACAACCUCUGCAGCAUCUACACAAACAAGCCCUACAACCUCUGAGGUUUCUACCACUGAAAGUGAAGCAAUAACCACAACAGAAGUACCUACUACAGAGAUGACCUCAACACCUACAAUGUCUACUACUCUUUAUUCAUCUAAUGAUGAAAUGCUCUCCACAACAAUAAGCAGCACAAAUACUGAGGAUUCUACAACUAGAAGUGAAACAAUUACCACAUCUGCAGCAACUACUGCAAAGAAAACUCCAGCCUCUGCUGCAACUACUCUUGGUGCAACAUCUCAUACAAUAUCAUCUACACUUCCUACAACUCUAGGUGCAACAACCUCUACAGUACCUACACCAACAAGCCCUACAGCCACUGUGGUUUCUACCACUGAACGUAAAACAAUAACCACAACAAAGGUACCUACUACAGAUGUGACCUCAACACCUGCAACACCUGCAGAGACGAGAUUACUAGAUCAAACUGAUACUACUCUUGGUGGACUAACCGAUGCACCAACCACAGCAAUCCCCAUGACCACCAGCUGCACAGGUACCCAUUUUUCUACCACUAAAAGUGUAAAAAGUACCACAUCAGCAACAUCUACAAUUACAACCUCAAAACAUGCAACGUCUACUACUCUUCAUCCAUUAAAUGAUGAAAUGCUCUCCACAGUGUCAACUAGAAUAACCAGCUUAAAUGCUGAGGUUUCUACCACUAAAACUGAAACAGAACAAACAUUAUUCACAACUUCAUUGAAAACAUCCUCAGGAACUACAUCUACUACUGCUCCUGCUGCAAACACUGAUACAACAACCUCUGCAGUAUCACUUCCUCAAACUCUUACUUUAAGAGCAACAACCUCUGCAGUUCCUACACCAACAAGCCCUACAACUUCUGAGGUUUCUACCACUGAAAGUGAAACAAUAACCACAACAGAAGUACCUACUACAGAGAUGACCUCAACACCUACAAUGUGCAACAACCUCUACAGUACCUACACCAACAAGCCCUACAGCCACUGUGGUUUCUACCACUGA